AUGAUGCGACGCCUGGUGCUGUGGGGGAUCGUGGCGGCUGCGAGCGCCUGUGCGGCGUCGAGCUCGUCGCGCUAUGGCGAGCCUGUCUACACGGGUCGCGCCGAGUUUCCCACGAGCUUGUUUGAGUCGAUGUACUACGUGCCUAGUCGUCCGACCGCGGAGCCGCGCCCUGCGGUGCCUCGUCUGAGUGGCGGGUGGUACCCUGAUGAGCUCAAUCAUCCCACGAAGCUGCCCAAGUCGGCGCUGCCGUCCGAGCAAGUCUUGCCUAAGCCGCUGCCCCAGCGCGAGAAACUCCAGGCGCUGGUCCACGACCUGCUGAAUGUGGGGCACCAGCUGUUUCGGCCUCAGGCACCGCGGCAUGCCCUGUGUAAUCUGUGCCGAACAGGUCUCAGCACGUUGCAGACGCUGACGCACCAGUUCCCAUCUGCCGUGCCUGACGUCUUGACGACGCUGUGCCGCACUUUCGAUCUGCUUGGCAAGAAGGACGUGGCGGAUCAAUGUGCCCUGACGCUGUCACGCGACAUGUACGGUGGGCCUAUUGGCCAGGUGAUGAGCUAUGGCAACUUUUCUGGGAGCGCGCCGGAUGCUACGCUCGUGUGUGCGGCUGUGCCCUUCCACUUUUGCGAGUACCCGUCGGAGGUCUUGUCGGACGACUUUCUGUACCACUGGUUCAACGGGUCCACGCAGGCGCCCGACGAUGCGUUGGAGCGGUGGCACGAGCAGCAGAAAUGUGCGCAAGAGUCGUUCGAUGAGAGCAAGCUAUUGCGCGUGCUGCACAUCUCGGAUCUGCACGUCGACGGGCGGUACAUGGUCGGCAGCGAAAGCAACUGCACCUUUGGCGAGACGCGCUACUGCUGCCACUCGAUCAGUGCCAACAAGGACCUGUGGUCCAAGACGAUCACGGACGGCGUGGUGCCGCGCGCAAAUAUUUCUGCGCCCGCACACUACUGGGGCAACUAUACGUGCGAUGCGCCAUGGUCGCUCAUCGGCAGCACGUACGAGGCCAUCCGGCAUGUGGGCCGGUCGCACGGCUACGACAUGGGCCUGUGUACGGGCGAUUUGGUCGUGCAUGACGACCUGUUCCGCUAUUCUCAUGACCUCGUCGAGUACAGCGCACGCAGUCUCUUUGACAGUCUGGCCGAGGUCCUCGGCCGGCAUGUGCCGGUCUUUGCCACGCUGGGCAAUCACGACUCGUCGCCGGAAAACUUUUACGCGCCGCAUGCGAUGCCGAAGCAUCAGAGCACGCAGUUCGAUUGGGACUCGGACUUUAUGGCGCGGCUAUGGCGUGAGAAUGGCUGGAUUGAUGCGGCGGGCGAAGAGCAGGCGCGCUCGCACUAUGCAUGCUUUUCUGUGAGCCCACGCCGCGGCCUGCGUGUCAUUUCUCUGAAUUCCGAUUUUUGGUACUAUGCGAACGUGUUCAACUACAUUCACUCGACGGACCCCGACUUUAGUGGCAUGCUCCGUUUCCUGACGGACGAGCUCUUUGCCGCAGAGAGGAAGGGCGAGCGCGUAUGGAUCCUGGGACACGUACUGACCGGCUGGACAGGCGCCGAGGCGCUUGACAAGCCGGCGAAUCUCUUUUUCCAGAUCGUGAGUCGGUUCACGCCCCACACGAUCGCCGCCAUCUUCUUCGGCCACACGCAUCAGGACCACUUUUCCGUGUUCUACCGUGCGCAGUCCGGCGCGUCUCGCGACAUUUCGCGGCACACGCGGGAUGCACGCACCGUUUCGUUCGUGGGGCCCUCUGUCACGCCGCUGACCAACGUGAAUCCAUCGUUCCGCGUGUAUCAGGUGGACCCGAUCACGUUCGACGUAUACGACUACGAUCAGUACUACACGCCUGUCGACGAAUUUGACUCGCUGCAGGCCGGACCGAUCUGGCGGCAUUUGUACAAUGCGCGUGACACGUAUGGCGACAUGCGUGCGAGUGUCCAGCAUCACAACUACCAUGCGCCCGUGUCGCUGAACGGCACAGCAUGGCCGCGGGCAGCGCCACUGAACGCUUCGUUCUGGGCCGCGCUCACGGAUGAGAUGGAAGUGCGCCCUGCCUUGGUGUCGACGUUUGCCCAGCUCCAGAGCCGACGCAGCGCCGCGGCCGGUGCGUGCACUGAUGCCAAGUGCCACAAGGCGAACAUCUGUUAUAUGCGCAGCGGCACACCGACGCAGGGCCGGGACUGUCCGUCAGGGUAUGGCUCCGUGGUGUGA